AUGUUCUGGCUGAGCCUUACCUUGCUCGCUGCGGCUCUACUCAGCGUAACGCGCGCUCAAGAUGAAACCGAGAUCGAAGUUACGGUCGAUUCCCUCUCCCCCAGCUACUGUUGCACAGUUCUGACCCUCAGUCCUGUGGCCAAGCGCGUGACCUACCCUGGCCAGAAUGCAUACAAUGCUAGUCUUGCUUCUUACUUCGAUGGGAAGAGCAGAUUGACGCCCAACUGUAUUGUGCAACCAACAACUGCCGAGGAAGUCUCUACGACUGUGAAGGUUCUUGCGGCUGCGAGCCUGCUGAAGACUUGUCAGUUUGCCGUACGAUCUGGUGGCCAUACUCCGAUUCCUGGAGCCAACAAUGUCGACAAUGGAGUCACGAUUGAUCUGCUGCACAUGAAUGGAACCACCUACAAUGCUGAUUCCAAGGUAGCAAGCAUUUUGCCAGCUGCGAGAUGGGGCUCUGUCUACGCAGCUCUGGAGCCAUUAGGACGUAUGGUAGCUGGAGGCCGAGGAAGUACUGUCGGCGUCGGCGGCUUUCUGCUGGGUGGUGGAAUAUCUCACUACGCACCUCGCGUUGGACUGUCAUGCGAUAACGUGAUCAAUUUCCAGAUCGUCCUUGCUGAUGGCCGCAUUGUGAAUGCCAACAAGAAGACCAAUGCUGAUCUCUUCACCGCUCUUAAAGGUGGUAACAGCAACUUUGGCAUCGUGACACGGUACGAUAUGGAGACCUUCGAGAACGAAAAUCUUUGGGGGGGUAUCGUUUCCUGGCCUGCGUCCACCGUCAAUCGACAUUUCAAAUCGCUUGUCAAUUUUGGACUCAACCCGAACAGGGAUCCAAACGCUGCUUUGAUCCUGUUCCAAGGAUACUCAACAGCCAGUCCUGUGGACGUAGUAAGAGCUGCCUUCGAUUACACCAAGCCUGUGGUUCGCCCAGAUGCCUACAGCGAGUUCUUUGCCGUCAACAACACCAUCAGCGAUUCGACCAAGAUCCAACCAAUGAGCGCGGUUGCUGCCGAGUUUGGCAGUGAUACAACCAAACGGGUCCAAUUCCGCACCCUUUCGUUCAAGAUUGAUCUUGCGACCCUCCAAGAGACAGCGCGUCUCUACAAAAUCGUCAUUACGGAGCUUCAAGCUAAGGCGUCUGGCCAGUGGCGCGUCUCGUGCCUACAUCAGGUUUGGGCUACAAGCUACACCGCGAACAGUACAGCCAGGGGCGGCAACGUGCUUGGUAUGGAGCGCUACAGCGAGAACUUCAUUAUGUAUCAAUCAUACCUUUCUUGGUCUGAGGCUAAGGAUGAUGAACUAUUCAUUAGUUUGGGCAAAAUGUUGACUGACGGCAUCCAGAAGUUUGCUACAGUGAAGGGUACAGCGGUGGAAUAUCUCUACCUCAACUAUGCCGAUAAAGACCAGGAUCCGCUGUCGGCUUACGGUACUGAUAAGGUGGCGUUCAUGAAGAAGGUCGCAAAGAAGUACGAUCCAUUCGGCGUCUACCAGAAACUGCUGCCGGGAGGGUUCAAGAUUUCUCAGGUGUGA